UGAAAUUUUGGGAUGUGCGUCUUUUGUGAUGUGUACGGUGGAUUUUUCAAAGCAAAUCCAUGAUCUGGAACGGACAGCACUGGCAACUUAUGGUCCAUGCAUAAUUUAUACAUAAUUCAGUUAGAUUACCAGGGUGUCAGGAGCCAUGGGUAGAAAACGGGAGGAUGUUGGUUCGGGCGACGAAGACUUAAAGCCUCUUGGUGUAAGGAACAGGGCUUCCCCAUUUGGACUCACCAAACUGUACAAUGGUUUCAAUGAUGCUCAAAAGCAGGAUUUCAGGAACAUGGAGUUCACGUCUUUCCUCCAUAUAAACACCACUAAGCUACACAAUAAAUCCAUUGAUUGGCUUGCGAGUUGUUAUGACCCUGCAGCUAGGUGUCUUCUUAUCCCUAGCAAGGGUAGGAUCCCGAUGACCGAAGAAUCUGUCUACAAUGCUCUUGGGUGCCCCCAUGGCACGGAGCCUGUCCCAUAUAAGGUGGAUAAGGAUAUCGAGGCUCGGCUUGCUCCAGAGAUGUUCCCUGACAUGGAUUUAUCCAAAGCCCCACUCCACAGCCAGGUCAACACCAUGCUGAAGAAUAUGACGGAAUCCGGUGACAGAUUCAAGAGGCUCACCCUAAUGUACAUCAUGAGCACUAUAUUGGCACCAACCACCAGCACCAGGAUAAGCAAUAGGUGCUAUUCUGUUUUGAAUCUUGCAGCAUGCACAAUAUACAUGUUAUGGCAACUAUUUUAUAUAUUUCGUGGCAACUCUUUUAUAUAUGUUAUGGCAACUUAA